AAAAAAAUGCAGUAAAUUAUAUUUUUUAUAUUUAUUUAAUGUUUUGCUCACGCACCAUCACGGCGACAACAUAAGCGGUUAGUUGAUCGAUUAAGCGGCGGUGGAGGGAGCAUAUAAAAUCAAACGAGAAAAAAAAAAACAAUAAAAAUAAAUAAGUUUGGAAAAUAUUGAAAAAAUAAAACACUAGUAUAAUCCAAAACACGCGAUAAAUAAGUAAAAAUUCAUAAAGUAAACAAAUAACAUAAAUACGUAAGGAAAUAUUACAUGCAAGAAGUAUUGUAAAAGAUAGAGGAACACACAAAUUUAAAAAUAGUGGAUACAAAAAAAAAGUGCCGCUUUUACAAAUGGAAUUCUACCCCCACCACCAACAGCAGCAACAACAACAACAACAACAACAAAGUCAGCAGCAACAAUUAACGCAGCAAGUGGAUUCCAUGGCCACCGGCUCAUCAACCACCGCAACUAAUAAUAGCAGCAGCAGCAAUAAUAACGCUAACGGCAACAAUAGCAAUAAUAUUAAUAAUAAUCAUAUAAGUAGUAGCACCCCACCCACCUCAAAUACAGCAGUAACUGCUGACGCGGCCACUGUAGCAAUCGCUAAGGAUAUGCUACAGUUGCAUCAUGGUGGUUCGCAUAAUAGUAACAAUAGCGAUUCUUCUGAGGCCAUGAAUACAUUAAACUCAAGGUCAACCUCCUCACCAUCAAUAACUGGAGUAACGACCACAACUACCCCACCUGCCCACACUUCCAAUACCGGACCACCAGAUAACGCACUCGGAUCACUCAAGUAUGAGCAAGAGUUGCUCUACAUAACCGAUCCGUGCACUGUUAUUGGUAGAAAUUCAUCAACUUCUCAUGUGCAUUUCCAUGUGGCCGAGAAUAAUCUUGUAUCGCGCAAACACUUUCAAGUGCUAUUCGAUGGUGAAACACGAGACUUCUACGUACAGUGCUUGAGUAAAAAUGGUAUAUUUGUCAAUGAUUUCCUUCAACGUCGCAAUGUAGAUCCGUUGAAACUUCCCGCAAAUUGUUAUUUCCGUUUCCCGAGUACCGAAAUUCGCAUACAAUUCGAUAAUUUUGUGUACACUGGCUUAAGUAAUAUUAACAGUUCAGCUGGCAAUGCCACCAAUGAAAAUUCCCAUAAAAACCAUGGACCACAUGCCGCUGGCUUACAUGGCAACAAAAAUUUAGGAAAUAAUAGCAGUGGAGCUGGGAGUGCGCACGUAAUUAUAUCACCUGCACCACCGGAUGAACAUCAAAUUGUACACCCGCAACAUCAUCUACAAAAUACAACCGCGAUAGGAGGAGGUUCAACCUCAUCAACAGCGGGCACAUCGCAUUUAGUACCUAUGGACAGUUCAAAUGUGAUCUAUUCGCCGUUAAAAAUUUCAAUUCCCAAAAAGGAGCAAAAGAGCCCGUAUUUGUCACCAACUGGUACGAUAAGUGCAGCAAACAGUUGUCCAGCAAGUCCGCGUCAAAGUUUUCAUCAAAACCAAAACAAUUACAACAAUUAUGCAAACAACAAUUUACAAAACCAGGAUUUAUUCCAAACACCUUCAACUGCUAGUUACAACCACAAUGAGAAGCCACCUUACAGCUAUGCUCAAUUAAUAGUACAAGCUAUAUCUGCUGCACCAGAUAAGCAAUUAACGCUAUCGGGCAUUUAUUCAUUUAUUGUGAAACAUUAUCCAUACUACCGAAAGGAGACUAACAAGGGUUGGCAAAAUUCCAUACGUCAUAAUCUCAGUUUAAAUAG